UGGAAAUUGUUUUUGUUUUUAUUUUUAAGUUUUUCAUCUAUUUUUUUCAUAGUCGAUUCAAAGGUCGUCAUAAUUAUUACUAUAUCAAACUUCAAAUUUGUAUACAAUGAACAGUUAACAACUACUGUGGACUUUUACAAAAUGUCUGAAAAAAACAGAAAUGAUCAAAAAGUUUCAAUAUCUUCAAGAAGUAUUCAGUUCAUGAUAGCAAUAUUUGGAAUAUUUUCAUUUACACUAGUCAACAUCACAGUUAUUGUGAGACAAUUUCAUCCAAAGUGGAAAGAUUCCCCAAGUUCUAUGAUAUUACAAACUGGAAUAACUCUGUUUGGUUUCCUGAUAAUCAUAUUUCUUGUUGUAAUAAGUCAAUUGAAUGAAGUAUUGGCUCGUCAAGAAACAAAAGAUGAUACAUACAUAUUAUCCGUUUAAUAUUGAAUUUAUUCAAGUAUCUUAACAACGGUUAUCAUCAUGAUUUAUCAUAUUUAAUAUUUUAAACAUUUCAUAAACAAAUGAAUUAAUAAACUCCCUAAGAAUUCAUUAUUAUUUUUGCCUUUAAGUUGUAUUAUUUAUUGGGCAUUGGGUAAACUUAAAUGAAUCAAAACAACAAUAACAUAAUCUCACUAGUUGAAAUCAUUAGUCAUUUGAAGCUAGACCACCAUGGAAAAGCUGAAAGCAAUGGACGGCCGUUUCAUCCUAGUAGGAGACUCCUCAGCAGUGACCAUCCACGAUAAUAAUAUAACCUAUUGAUGAAAUAAAUCAUUUUUGUAAUUUAAAUCACGAACUGGUUUUAGCUACAUUAUCUUUAGAAACUUGAAGGUACUAGACAAUUGUUUCUUCCUAGUAUAGAACUUCUUAGUAGUGAGUAAUCACAACACAAUGCUUCUUGAUCCCAAUAAGAUCAGUUCGUCAUUUAAACUAUGAAAAAUAUACUAUUUUCAUAAAUUCCCCCAACUUCAUACAAAUAAAUAAUCCUUAGAGCCUAGGAAUAUUAGAAUCAGUAGUUUCUAAGAUAAAUAUCAACCAUAGUUGUAUGAGACGAAAACCUUUAUAGAGUUUAGUUUUUGUAAUUUAUGUUAAAGAUUGAGUUUAUCAUUUUAAAAAAUAUUUUUUAUAAGGUGUGAUCAAUAUUGGUGGGGUAUAGACUGAAUUCAAUGUAUGUAGGUAAUUUUUUUAUUCACUUCAAUUGUUAAAUCAUUUAAAGAGAUGGUGAUCUAUUACAUAAUCAAUUACGUAAUUAUUCAUGAUGGAUAAGUGGAAAAACAGAGAAACUUAGUUCAUAGGAUGUAAGAUUUCAGAAUAAGUUUGUAAAUUCCUUAUAUUACGAUCCGCUUCAUUUCUUACAUGAGUUUGGUAGCACUUUAGUUCAGUUUAUUAGUAAAGCGACCUCUUCACUUCGUGUCUACACACUUGAGUAAUAGGUUGGACCUGUGUAUGGGAAUAAUGGAUAUCAUUAUCUAAAACGGAUGAUCAACUGACAGAAGAGUAAUAAAGACUAAUACUGAAAAAUUAGUAAUACCGGAACGAAAAAUAAAUGAACUGGUAGAAAUUAAUUAUGGACUAUUAUUAAAUAUAUUCCUAUUGGAUAAUUAUUAAGUGAGUGGAAUAUAUAUACCUUUUAUCAUAAGCUUCCAUUUGGCCUAUUGGCUAUUAAUAUACGAUUUACUAUUCUUAACUUAUUCCCAGUUUAUCAGUUACAGUAUCCUACAUUCACAGUUACUUCUGGCUUCAUGAGGUCUGGUUUUCUCGUAUAUGAACCACGUAUGUUUGAAAUGUGAUUCAUGCAGACAAAGCUGAGAUUGUGAUCUAAACUGAAUGGGCUGGACUAGGCGAGAAACCACUACAUCAAGGACCAAUAAGGAUACAGAGUUGUUUCAAGACUGGUGGUUCUGCUUGACGUGUCACUGGUUUAGAAAAGGAACAAGGUCAUAUGAAUUAGUAUUCUGAUUGGUGACUUUUUCAUGUGAUAUUUGAUGGGGCAUAGGAUACAACAACUUUUAGCUUAUUUACUUCAACGUUCUUUCCAUUUAAAAUGUUACGUAAAUGUUUAUCUGCUUUUUUGGGUCUGUGUAGAAGUAAGAAUCUUAUCUAUUCACAUAUGAUGAUGUUUUUUAAGGAGUUAGUCUUAUAGACUUGAUCUGAACUUUACUUUUGACAUAAAGUCGUACGAUGCAAUUUUGAAUCGCAUAUUGAUGUAGAUGUUUGUUUUGGAAACAAAAUUAUCAGAGCCACUAAGAUUAUUAGGCUUCUAUACGGUUCUCAUAAAUAUACAGAGUACACAUUCUGUACAUACUCCUCACUGAAUAGUCUAUCUGUUUUUUUCAUUUGCACAUAUCUAUAUUUAUAUCCGACAUUGCUGAGUAAACCUUGCUUGUAUAAAAGUAAGAAAAAUGACUAUAUAAUAUAGAUACUAUACUUACCAUGUAAAUAUCCUACAUAUAGAACAGUUGAUUUACUAAUAUCCCAUCCAAUUAAGAGUAAUUUUGGGAAGAACAUUUAGUUAGUAAUAUUUUUUUCGUAUUCAGUAUGCAUUUGUAAACGGUUUUUCAAUUUUUUAUAUCCUACAUGCAACCCUUUAAUAUUUAACUAAAUUUAGGCGGUGAUAGAUUUCCAGUUAAUAAAUGUUAUAUUCUAAGCAUAGUAGCUAGAAGUGAAAUCCAGAACACACUGGAUAUACCUGCAUACCGGGUGUAGGUAUAUCCAGCUGACCAGUCCCAAAUGAGAUGAAACACGCCUCCUGAAUUCCACUGCUAGCUACCGUCCAUCUUUGUUUGUAAUGCUUGUGACUUAAGUCAAUAUCAGGGCAAUCUGUACAGGAUAUACAUAUAUCAAUAUGAGACUAAUUAAUUGCAGUCCUAAAAACCAAUGGGAAGAUUUAAAUGAACAAUACAAAAUGUAUUGAAUACUAUACUUCAACAGUUGAGAUCAUGAGUCAAUUGAAGCUAGACCACCAUGGAAAACCUGGAAGCACUGAACGGUCGUUUCGUCCCAGUAUGGGACUCCUCAGCAGUGCGCAUCCACGACCCCGCACCCCGCGAGAUCCGAACCCACGACUCAUCAGUCUCGCGCCAGGCACUUAACCAACUAGACCACCGAGCCGGCAUCCAACGGUGUUAAUGUCUAACUUCAACGAAUUCACGAAGUUGCGCCACCGUAUACCAUUGUCUUCAGUGAGCUGAUAUCUCACAGUAGACCUGGUUGAACUCCUCAUGUCACGGCUUCUCACUAAAACUCCAGGAAAUACCUCUUGAAGCCAGUCACCAGUGAGCAUAUGUUAGUUAGUAUCAGAAGGGGUUUUGCGGAGAUUGUAGUAAUUUCAACAGUUGGGACUGAUAGGUCCUGAGUUCGAAUCCCGCAAGGCGGGGUCAUGAAUGCGCAUUGCUGAGGAGUCCCACAAUAGGACGAAACGGCAGUUCAGUGCUUCCAGGUUUUCCAUGGUGGUCUAGCUUCAAUUGGAUCAUGAUCUCAACUGUUGAAAUUACUAUAAUCUCCACAGAACCCCUUCUGAAUAUUAUAUUGUUAUUUGCAGUUAUUUAAUAGAUAUCCUUGUUGAAAAUAUAACUUAAAAUGUUUGUUCCGUUGAAAGAUUAUAAAUAACAUUUAAACAGUAUGUGAUAAAUUCAGUAUUAAAGGUUGUGUAACGGAUAGGAAUAAAAAAACAUCAAACAAUUAUGAUCUUUAAUCUGUAGAGCAUAGUACAAAAUAAUUUAGUAAAGUAUUUAGUUUAUUUAAAGAUGCUUUUCGAUAAUGUAAUAAGAAGACAAAAAUAAUCAGAACUAUGUGAUGGUAUAUUAGAGCAAUAGAUUUCAAACAAUCUGAUCUGAUCUGUACUUGUUAAGAACAUUUAUAUUAUAAAAAAUAAAGGAUAACUAGACUGGAAAUGGGGGUAAGAAGUGACAAGGGUAAUAAUAAUUUUAAAAAAUAAUGUGUGAUCAGAUUGUUCGAAAUAUAUUCCGCUAAUAUACCAUCACAUAGUUCUGAUUAUUUUUGUCUUCUUAUUACAUUAUCGAAAUUAAAUGCUUUAAAGAUGUUUGUUUCGAAAAUGUUCUACUAGAAUAAACAAUGAGAAGAUUUAUGCAUUAUUCACUGUGUUCAUUGUGUGUAAAUAUAUUCACUUAAGUUUCUGAGUAUAUAAUCUGUCUAGAAUUUAACUCUUUAAUUUGAGUAGAGAUGACAAUGAAUAUAUCGAUGGUAUUAGUAGUGAAUAGUAUUUUCAUCCAUGAGUGUCGAAUUUCAUAUAUUCGAUCGUUUUGAUGGUAAGAGUUUGAGUUCCUCCAUGUUUUUAAGCUAAUGUUUCAUUCAAUGUUUGUUUUUUCCCCUAAUUAGAUUUUAUUUACUCGUUAAAUGAACAUUAUGUUUCAAAUACAUUGUAUAUUCAUGAAUUCAAAAACUAUCUUUACUUUCAUAUAGUUAUACAAUAACAAUUAUAGUUAAACGUUCAUAGUUGUUCCUUGUCAAAUAUUACCAUUGAACUUGGUAAGUCAAAUCGAAUCACUAUGAAUUGGAACUAAUUCUAUUUAUUACAAUUUACUGAUGUAAAUAUAUUUAACCAUCUGGCUUUAGAUGGUUGUACAUACUCAGUAAAAAUAAAUGUAUUUGUUAUAUCUGUUAUACUGACGGAUGAACUAAGGAAGGUAAAAAUGAAUUUGUGAACAAUGAUAGGAAAAUCGUUGACAAUAAACAAUCGAUAGAACAAAAUGUUAGCUCCUCAUGAAGAAGUUUUUUGGAUACUUCUUUCUGAAGUUUGUACUGAAAAUG